CCCUCCGCCUGGACGCAGCCGCCGCCGCUGCCCUCUCCCUACGAGGCUGCCGGCUCGGGACCCCCCGGCGCUGACGUGAGUGUCUCCUCCGACUCUCCUCCAUCCGCUCCCCUCUGCCCAGGCGCCGGGCUCAGAGGGAAUGAGGGAUUGACUGCUGGAAACCUCCACUUCUGAGACCCUCCCCUUGGCCCCCUUCCCCACAGCCAACCAUCAGCCCUAGCAGGGGUCUCUGAAGCCGGAGGGGCCUGCUCAGGAUGUCGCCCUCUGGUCGCCUGUGUCUCUUCAUCACCGUUGGCCUGAUUCUCCCCACCAGAGGACAGAUAAUAAAGGAGGUCAUAACUCCAACAGAUCCAGCGACUGAAAUCAUUCAUGUCCCUACUUCAGCCCCAGAUGACGAACAAGGAAUGGAAGCAACACCAAACCAGAUGACGAUGGAAGCGGAGGUGCUGCUAACAACAGGUCAGGGGACGGACAAGAGCACGACGCAAGGCUCCACGCCCUCCAAGACGAAAUCCCCUGCCGAUUCCACUCAAGGCUCCACGCCCUCCAAGACACGAUCCCCCAGCAGGCACGAGAGGAAGAACUCCAUCCUCAGACAGCCUGGUUCAAAGGAGGAUGACCCCUUCUUCUAUGACGAGGACACUCUCCGGAAACGGGGGCUGAUGGUAGCAGCAGUGCUGUUCAUCACAGGCAUCGUCAUCCUCACCAGUGGCAAGUGCAGACAGUUGCCCCGAUUGUGCUGGAAUCGUGACAGAUGAGUCCGUAGGAAGCAGGGGCUGACGAUCUAAUGGGCACCCCGAGACUGAGCCCCCACUGGCUCGCUGUGACCUUGCAGGACCUACAACAGAGCCCAGCCUGAGAGAGAAGAGGUGGAUGGAGCCAGAUCCAGGACUGAUGGCCUGAGUCCCCUGCUCUCCCAGCCCUGCCUGCCUGAGGACUGCCUGCCCCUGUUUAUCCAUUGUGUUCAGACAGGAAGUAAAGCCCUGUGUUCUCUGUC